CUUACGCGGAUGUGUUGUUUUUGUGCGACACAUGCUUGUGAUCAAGUGGUGAGAAAGACGUCUGACCUGACACAUGUCCGUCAUCCUAGAUGAUUUUUACACACGAGGUAGCUGUGACUCUAAUUUUAUCAAAGACAUCAACUCAAAGAUGAGAGUUCCUGAUAGAAUAUCAUUAGAUCCAAGUAGUUUACCACAGGUGAAUUUAUCACUCAAUUCUUCUGAGAAUGACAAUAUGAAAGUGCCGGAAAGAAUAGUCAUGUCUGGUGCACAGAAUCAAUCAUCUCCACUUAUGGCAUUCAACCGACGCGGGGACGAUCUUAUCGAUAAUUUAGAUCCUGUUCCACUUCAACAUGCUUUGGACCCAUUGCCUACUUCCUUAGUAUUAAAUGAAGUUAAUUAUCCAGAUCUAGAACGAUUAACUAUUGAAAAGAGAGAAAUAGAAACAGCCGUCUCGACUCCGUUAUUACUAACAAACGAAUCUCAGAAUCAUAUCCCAACAGUACAACAACCUUCUCCACUUGCUUUAUCGAAUAUCUCCAAUGUUAUAAGUCAUUCAUCUACAUCAAUACCAUCAUCAUCAUCAACCUCAUCAUCAUCAAUGAAUCAAACAAAUAAUACUCAAUCUAUUCUUGUAGAUACACGACGUAUUAAAUUGUUAGAGAAUCGUAUUCAUGAAAUAGAAGUUGAAUUAUCUAAACGUCAAUUAAUGGAUAAAUUACUUUAUAUAACAUUUGGAAGUUAUUUUGUUUUAAAAUUCUUACGUUUAUUAUUUUCUUAGACUGUUUUUAUUAUUAUUAUUAUUCUUGUUUGUAAUUAGAUGUAGUCAAGAUAUAUAUAUAUAUAUAUACUGUUGUGUUUUUCGUUGUCAUGCAUAUUAUCAUCUAUACUUACUAUAGUAUUGUAAGUUUGUUUUGUUCUCUACUGUUAUUACUACUUUCAUUAACUCAAUUCAAUAGUAGUACUAGUAGGUUUUUAUAAAUAAUGAAUGUGAAAUUGUACAGUUCAUUUCAUAACGUAUCAUUUAUUAUAAUUAACACAUCCAGUGAUAUAGUUUGAUUAUAGUACUUAAUUAAUAUUCAAUAUUAAUCUUAUAGUUUCUAAACAAAAUUUUAUAUGGCAAUUACAAUAUAACUGAGAAAAAAAAAAAGAAAUCACCAUCUCAACUGUAUAGUAUCUAAUCUAUGAAAAUGUGUUUAUAAUUCUCUAUAUUGAGAUGUAUCUUCAGUUUAUUAUAGCUAUGAAUUGUA